GAUCAUCGCAACAAAAAUUUACCCAGCACCGUUCCUCACAUGGGGACAAGAGAAACGCCUGUGGUUGAGGACGCAAUCACGACGCCCGACAUAUAACGAACUACAAAUCUUCGGACCACGUGCAACUUGAGCCUCGAAUUCCAGCUCAAGACCAAAUCGACACCCGAAUCGAGCCUGCCAGCUCCGCCGAACCCAAAAAUUUGCUAUCCGACCAGUCUCUAGGAAGAGAAAAUAAAGGGAACGACAACAGGAGCGCAGAGCCGCCAAAAAAAUAAAAAAUAAAUAAAAAUAAAAUAAAAAAAUGUCGGAGCAAUUUGUCCUGGCUGCCAGGCGUGGCUUCCGCCAGAUUCCUGGAGUCGUCGUCUCUGCUGGUCUAAUGGACCGGACUGUCAAGGUCCGCGUCGGAGGAAGGAUAUACAACAAUGUGAUCAAGAAGCACUUCAACAGACCAAAGACGCAUUUGGUGCACGACCCCAACAACUCGUGCCUGACGGGCGACGUCGUCGAGAUAUCACCCGGCUGGCCGACGUCGCGACACAAGCGCCACGUCAUCGUCUCCAUCCUCGCCGCCGCUACAACGCCGGCCGAGUCCCGCCCGCCCGUCCCGACCCUCGAGGAGAGGAUAGCCGAGGCGCAGGCCAAGCGCGCCGCCAAGGUCGAGAGGAGGGCCGCCAUCGAGGCCGAGACCAAGGCCAAGUACGCCGCCGCCGCUGAGGAGAAGAGGUUACGGAAGCUCAAGAAGGAGGGCAAGCUGCCGCUCGCCGAGGAGCAGCAGGUCGUAAAGGAGGCUACCGAGACUCAGUCGUCAUAGGUUGUGUGCGAGGAACAAAAUUACCAGGUGGCCCUCCUCCGCCGUGACCCUCAAAGUUAUUGGGGGUGUUGCGUGGCGUUGGGGUUGGUGUGGUUGCUGAACGCGCAGGGCACAGAGUGUGUCAUGCAGUCUAGCAAUGGGGCUGAGAGACCCUAUCAGUAGGGUCAGAGCCCGUGUUUAAGAACAAGAGCUCAUCGUCAGGAACCAAUGGCCUGGCUCAUGAGAAAAAAUUGUAUCAUACCUCUGUGUAAAUAUAGAUCUAAAGAACUUAUCUCGCAACAUUUCUGCGUCCAUGGUGGUUGCAUCGACGACAAACCAUAAAACGUCAAGACCCGUCCAUGGAGGGAGAUUUGAGUUGAAUGCAUGAAAAAGCCGACUCAGUCGAUAUCAUGUUUACGCCCCAGUGAUGCG